GCCUGCGGGAGGGCGACGUUAGUGUCACGUGAGGGGUUUGUUGACUUCCUCAAGAGGGCGGGAGGCCCUGGGAGCAGCGUCGUCAGGCCGGGUCCCGGGCGGAGGCGAUGGGAGCCCCGAGCAGCUGCUUCCUCUUCGCUGAGGCCGCUGCCUGCCACUGACAGGAGCCGAGCAACCCCGGGCAGCUGUCAUGGAUGAGCUGGGAGAAGAUGACAUCUAUAUUUUGAAUCAUGAAAAAGCAGAUGGUACUCUCAGAAGAGAGAGAGAGAUUCCUGUUCCAACAUAUGUAGGGGAUGAGUCCAUUGCUUCACAUUUUGCACUUGUCACUGCGUAUGAAGAUAUCAAGAAACGACUAAAGGAAACGGAAAAGGACAACUCCUUUUUGAAGAAAAGAAUAAGACUCUUAGAAGAAAAGCUCCUUGGCUCCCGUUUGGAAGAAGAAACCAGCUCAGUUGGACGGGAGCAAGUAAAUAAGGCCUAUCAAGCCUAUCGAGAGGCUUGCAUCGAAAGAGAUAAUCUGAAAAGCAAACUGGAUAAGAUAAUAAAAGAGAAUACAGAGUCCUUGAAAAUCUUGAGUGAACAGUUGCAGUCUAAAGAAGUGGAGCUCCUACAGCUAAGAACCGAAGUGGAAACUCAGCAAGUGAUGAGGAAUCUGAACUCUGCUCCAGUUAGCUGGGAAAUAGAGAAGCUGAAUAGUGACUUGAAAGUACACAGUUUGGAACAGGAAAUAGAAAAGCUGAAGAAAGAAUGCAACAGUCUCAGAAAAGAACUGCAGAAGGACCAGGGUCAAGAAUUAAAUCUGUCAAAUGGAGAUUUCCUCCAAAAACAAAACGUUCAGAGUGAAAAUGUGCAGCAAGCAUACUGGGAACUGAAGAGAGAAAUGUCUAACUUGCAUCUGGUGACUGAAGUGCAAGCUGAGGUUCUACGAAAACUGAAAAUCAACCCAACUGCAGCUAAAAAAGCUUCUACUUGUGCACCAGUACAGUGUGUCGAAGAUGUGGAACAGAACCUCACAAAAUUAUAUUUGACGACUUCUGGGGCAGUCUACAAAAAAACCUCUCUUUCACAAAAUGACAAACUUCUCUGCAAUGCCAUAGCUCCUCCUUUCUCAAGAGAUGUAAAAAUCCUGUCCGAACGGGCAAAUCUUCAAUCGUGGACAGAUGAGAGACCCAUCCCAAUUGGUGGCACAACCUGUCAUGAACAAAACUCAUAUGGAAAGAGCUCUCUAGAAGAUAAUUCCUGGGUAUUUCCAAGUCCUCCAAAACCUAGUGAAACAAUGUUUUGGGAAAUGAAAAAUAAAUCCUCAUUGUCAAACUACCCAAUAGAUUACUUGGAUCAGUGUAAUCAAAACUGCCUGCACAAGAACUAAGUAGUUUGUAAGAGAGACUGGGGCUGGUUCUGAAUAGGCACCUGAGUGCUAAAAUGUUUUUUUAAAAAAAAGACAAGUAGUUACCUAAAAUGUGAAGGUAACUUUUGUCUUGUUCCAAGAGAGGAGCCUAACUCACUGCUGUAAAUUGGGAGUAACUCAAAGGAGCUGCACUGGUAAUACAGAUGUAAGCAAAUUGGAAUCAGGCCCUAAAUGCUUGCCCUCUUCUACUGAAAAUUAUAUAUCCUUGCAAAUAUUACACAGACUGAAUAUUUGAUUCCUGGAAUAUAUCAACAUAAUCCAGCUGUGCAUUUUAAUUUGCUAUGUGUACAUAACACUGCUUGUAAAGGCUUCAGGUAUCCUGCAUUAGAAACUUAUAAAAGCUGUGAGCUUACCUCUGACAGAAGUGUCUUUCAGAUUUAGACCUCUCAGGUAAAGAAUGGAAUUGGAAUGUUAUUUUCGCCCCCUCUGGUUCAGGGACAGUCACUGGAUUUAUAAGGUGUGAUAUAUGCUAGGAAGAAAAAAGGUGAGACUUAAUAGGGUUUUUUCCAAAUCAUGUUUAUGUAACAUAUAAUAAACCAAAACUGCUAGGAUAUACUAUUCAGACUGCACCUGUACUUUGGCCUUACUGUAAGUAUUUAAAGGUCACAAAUAGAUGCUGCUGACAGUUGUAAUUCAUGGACAUAGUUUUUGUUUUUUCUCCAUUCACAUAAAGGAAAUGAAUUACAUUCGAUGAACAUUGGACCCUCCUAUUGAAUCAUCCUCACCAAAAUGCAAAGCUCUUUGUGUGCCUCAUUUUAUACAUCACCAAAAUCUUCAUUUUUAACUAUAUGGUUUCUAAGGCUGCCAACUUUUUUUUUUUUUCAAGGAGGAAGGGCUAGUCAUGAAUAUUCAGAAGCCUUAAUUUGAGCAGCUCAGAUGUUGUGUAUUGUGUAAAAUCAUUGUGCCAUAUCAAUUGGGUUUUUAAUUUGUUGUGUAGAAAACUAAAUUGUUUAAAACUAUAGCUGCUAGCUUUCUACAGUUGUCCAUGUACUGAUGUAUGUGGGUAACUGACAUAAAAACCUAUUACUCUUUAAACCAAGGUAGCAUCUAGGCACUUACAAGUCUUAUUUGAUAGAGCAGUUUUAGAACUGUUUGGCUUCAUGCAUCAGGUUUAAAGUGAAAUGACUAAAAAGUACAAAUACUUAAGAGGAAAUGCUACAAUAGGUAUUUCAUGUUCUCAGCAAAUAUAAAGUUUAAUUAGUGGCAAAAUGAUUAGUAGUGGUAAUUUGUUCUCUGUAUACAGUGCACAAGCAUCUGACUUGUCUACUCUACCUUACUCAAUAUAAAGAAAAAAUGGAUUUCACAACAGUUAAUCGGUCAUUUUUUUCAAAGUGCCAGUAACUUCUAUAAGAAAGCUUGACUUUGCAAUGCAGUCAUAUCAAUGAUGUACUAUGAAAGUGCAAUGGAAAGUCAGCGCUAGGUGAUCUGUGGGUCGUCUCUCCCGCCCCCCCCCGCCCUACCUGUGCCUUCAGUGCUUCAUGUGAUAGCCAUCUCCUUUUUAUGUAUUAGAGUUUUGUCUAUGUUGAAGUCAAAAGAAUCUCUUUGAUACCAUCUACUGUAUUAUGAACAGCAUACGUAAAUAAUAUGCUUACCAUUCACCGGAUAUGUUUUUCUUUCUAUCAUCUUGCUCACGUAUACUGGCUUGUCUGUGAUUAAUGGAAAUGGUGUCAGAUGCUGGAAUUUAUUCUGACCAAUGAACACGGCUGACUCAAGGGAGUACAAGCUCUUGCAAAGUAAUAGAACAAACCCCAAUAUGCAUAAAACAAAUCCAAGACACUAGGCUUUAGCUGAUAGAACCAACUACCUGUAUAAUAACAAAGCAGCAGAACUAUUUCUCAUGUGGCUGCUGAGACUGUAUUGUAUCUAGUUCUAAUAUAAUUUACUGGGUUUACUCCCUUGGUUUCAAAGAUUUUUUUUUUUUGGCCCUUUUUGAGAAGUUUAAUGUAGUCCACAGAUACCAACCUGAGGUAGCAUUUGGAAUUAUGCAAGGAAGGAAUCCUGUUGUGUAAAAUUUUAAAUAAAUUUAUUUUUGUUUGAAA